AAAAACAUUGCUACGAAGCACUAAUCAAAUAGAACACACACCACAAAUCACAGAAACAGCAUACACAUUUCCAGGCAAUUAUUAGUACAUUAAAACUCAUACAUAUAUAUUAAAGAAUUAACAAAUCUUUAUCUUUCAUUUCACCACUUUCUUUGAGCAUUAUUGGAACCGAGAUAUGCUGGUCUUUUUGAUUUUCUGGGCCUUCUUUGAGAAUUGUUAUGAAACCAAAUUAGGAUGCUAGUCUUUUGAUCUUCAAAGGGGAUUAGAUACUAUCUGAAGAAGGUUUUGGUGAUGGGGAAUUGCUUUGGAUCUGAACCUGCUGCUGACCCGAAACCUAGCUCCACUAAUCUUAGUACCCCUACCAAACAAUCCACUCCAGGGACAUCACGUGAUUACAGCAGUGGUGGAGGUUUAUCGGCCACGAGCAGCAGCGCAGGCCUCAGCCGGUUUUCGGCUGCUUUAAGUGAUGAUGCUUGUUUGGCCGGUGAAAUAUUGCCCAUUCCGAAUUUGAAAACUUAUAGUUUUGCCGAUUUGAGGAAUGCCACAAGGAAUUUCAAGUCUGACAUGGUGUUGGGGGUGGGAGGUUUUGGGACUGUGUAUAAGGGAUGGGUAGACGAGAAGACGCUCAUGCCGUCUAAAAUUGGCACUGGGAUGAUGGUUGCAAUCAAGAAAUUGAACCCCGAAAGCAUGCAGGGCUUUGAAGAAUGGCAGUCAGAAGUGAACUUCUUGGGAAGACUUUGCCAUCCUAACUUGGUAAAGCUUUUGGGAUACUGUUGGGAGGAUAAAGAGCUCUUACUUGUCUACGAGUUUAUGCAGAAGGGAAGCCUGGAAAACCAUCUUUUCAGAAGAAAUGCUGCUAUUGAGCCAUUAUCUUGGGACUUGCGACUCAAAAUAGCUAUAGGAGCAGCGAGGGGGCUGGCCUUCUUGCACACUUCAGACAAGCAAGUCAUUUACAGGGACUUUAAAGCCUCCAAUAUUCUUCUUGAUGGGAGUUACAAUGCAAAAAUAUCUGACUUUGGCUUAGCAAAACUGGGGCCCUCUGGAGGGGAUUCUCAUGUAACAACCCGAGUUAUGGGAACAUAUGGCUAUGCAGCACCUGAAUACGUCGCAACAGGGCAUCUAUAUGUGAAGAGUGAUGUGUAUGGCUUCGGCGUAGUGUUGCUUGAGAUGUUGACAGGGUUGAGAGCACUUGAUACAAGAAGACCGAGCGGGCAGCAUAAUUUGGUUGAUUGGUUGAAACCCCUUCUCCCCCAACGACGCAAACUCAAAUCCUACAUGGAUGCACGAAUAGAGGGACAGUAUUCAUCCAAGGCAGCACUACAAGCUUCUCAGCUCACUCUGAGAUGCUUGGAAGGGGAACCAAGAAAACGGCCUUCAAUGAAAGAAGUCGUGGAUGUGUUGGAACAGAUUGCUGCUAUGGAAAAACCAAGAGAAUCCAAGAAUAGAUCCACACAUUCUUCGUCCCAACACAAUGGGCAAUCACCGAGACCUUAUCGCUCCCCCCGUCACCCAAGUAAUCAAGGUACUCUCACAGGAGCUGGAAGAUGACCCAUGUUAUAUACGGUGAGCAAUUCUCAAGUUAAACUUGCCAUUAACUAUUGUUUUAACUGAUGUUCAAUUCUUUCCUGAAGGAAUUUUGUGAGGUUGUUACUACCCCUCUACAUUUGACAUUGAUGAAUGUAUUAUAAUCUGUAAAACGAUUGUGACGACGAAUUCAAUUGUCUGUGAGUGUAGCAGGAAAACCAAUUUUUUUAUGUUUUAAUGAUUUGUUUUCACAGCCAAA